ACAAAACAGAUCUUAAUCCGCCAUGAAUGUUGAAAGAUUCCAGGACGUAAACCACCGAGUUGACUCACCAACUCUCUGCCUUUCAUUAUUUUUAGAUUCCUCGUCUUCCCCAUGAAACAUCGGGCUCCCUUUCCUUUUCUCGCUCUCUCACUCCUCCUCCUCCUCGAUGCCUCGCCGACCAAACGACGCCGAGCCCGGGCGUUUUACCUCCGCCGCUCUUCUCUUCAUCGGCUUGAUCUCAUGCCUUGUCGUCUACGCCGUCAUCUCCUCGGUCCUCCGCCCCAACGAUCCUAGCCGCGAUCCCACCGCCCGGGUUUCCGAGAACCGCCGUGUAGCUGCGGCGGAGGGCGGCGCAGGGUGUUGCCGUGGAAUCGAUAAUCUGGAGCUGUGGGGUCCGGCGGUGAAGUGGGGGUCGGAUUUCAAGCUCGAUUCGUCGGAGGACUGUUGCAAGGCGUGUAAGGGUAUGUGCAGCGGCACCGACGGGCCUUGCCUGUGCGACACCUGGGUGUUCUGUGGGAACAAAGAGGCUUGCGGGUCGAAAUUUGGCGAGUGUUGGUUGAAGAAGCAAAAAGAUGCAUUGGCACCUGAUCGGCAAGAAGGUGGCCAGAAAGAAAUGUGGACAUCUGGGCUCAUCUUCGGACAUGGCGAGGGAAUUGUCGUCUUUGAGACAGACCAUGGCAGACUUCAUGUCAAACUUCACCCAGAGUGCGCCCCUCAUUCAGUGUACUAUAUUCUUAGUUUAUUGAGGCUGCACCACUGCGCUGGCUGCCAUUUCUAUCGGGCAGAGAGCAGAGGAUCACACUGGGAUUCAGAAGGCAACCAUGUUAACAAUGCUCCAUAUGGUCCACCGUUUGGUCUGAUCCAAGGAAUUCUCGAAGCGGAAGGAAACCCGUUUAAACCAAUCCCGAAGGAGCAUUGCCCGACCAUAGGACGUGGGUCGGUGGCUUGGGUCGGGUCAGGACCGGAAUUCUUCGUAAGCCUGGCUAACCACCCGGAAUGGAAGAACUCCUACACGGUCUUUGGAUCUGUUCUUCCGGAGGACAUGGAAGUUGCGGAGAAGAUCGCGGGUCUACAGACCAGACCCGAUGUCUGGAACAGCGUCAACGUGUCCGUGUUGGAGAAACCUGUGUCUUUUGUCGUCCGGAGAAUGAAAAAGGACCGAGAAAUACAUGUGGAUGGUUCUUGAUUCUUCUCUCUUUUUGGUUUUCUUCUUAAUUGGCUUCCUGUUUUAUGCAGGAAUUGGAUUUUUUUUUUGGCUUUUUAAUAGUUAAUAUCAAGCUUUCUUCUUGGCCUUAAGGUUAAA